UUACACUUUAAGGGCUAUCGAAUGAUACGUAGUCACAGCAGUUUGGAUCAGUGCAUCGAGCUGACGGACUCAACAAAGAUUAACGCUUACGCGAUUAUUACUUCGUCAAGAGCAUAAAAAAUUAAUUCGUCUGAAGCCACGAAGAGCGUACGUCACGCUUUUCCAAUUCCACAAUCCCAAUACCAUUUUCCAGUGGUACUGGCGCUCGCGCUCGUGCAAUAAUGUGGUUCGCAAACCACCGCUAGUAAUAGAGAUAAGUAAGAAUAUGAGCAGUAGUUCUUUAUACGAAUGCAGCGUAUAAGACUAUAAGCGUAGUCUACUCGUAGCUGAACUGUAUCUCUCUCUAGUCCUCUAUUCAGCUUGACUACGGUAUAAGUCAAGACGUGUCCAACUGACGGUAGGUAAAAUAUUUUAUAGACUGGUGGACGGUGGUCAAAGUCUAUCUCGAAUACGGGCGAACCAAUCGUGAGCUGCCAUUAUUCUAUAAAACCGGUAGACAAGAUCUGUGAGCAAACAAUCAAUCGAUCUAUUACAGUACUUCGUAAAACGGAUUCUAUGAUGUUUGUGACUUGUGCGGUGCUGGCUGUCGCUUCUAAUCGCCACCUCUACAUACGGUACCGUGGCGUAGAUUGAUCCAUUUUAUAUUUUUAAAAAGAUUUGUAGUAUGAGAAACUUAAUAUAUAGCCUGACAUACUACAAGACAUUUUGAGUUUUAUCGCAUUUAUUAAUUAUAUGCAGAACCGCGUAGUUGACUGUUGAGCGGUGUAAAUUUGUGGCUGUGUGUGCCAAUGUUUAACCGAAAGCGAUAGCCGCUCGGCAGAUCUCCGAAAAAGACAACAACGUUGUAAUCGUUAAUUGUACAGCACAAUGUCACCAUCCGAUCGCAACAAACCGGGUUCCACUCUUUUUAUGCCCAGAGAUAACUUUUAUCGUUCUUCGAUCCGAAAUACAAGAUCUCAACCAUUUUAUAUUACGCCCGUGUAUUCCAAAAUGGCUGUGUCAAAAAAACGUUUUUCAAUGCUCACGUUAUUCGUUGGAAUUUGUAUCCUGUACUUCGGGUACGAUACGUAUACAAAUUACCUGAUAAAUCAACAACUUCGAGAACUCAGAGAAGAUGUUGACAUAUUGUUGGAAAUAUCACGAACUUCCAUCCGUCCGCAGUCUUCGCAGACAACAACGUAUCGCAUUAUCGGCGGAGAAAAUGGACAGUCUGGUAGCGAGCCUAAUAGGGAAAGCACAGCGCUAUUACAGUUGAAUGAUUUGCAUAUCAGCGUAAAAACAUCCAAAAAGUUUCAUCACCAGCGACUGGAUAUUAUUUUGCGAACAUGGUUUAGUCACGCAAAAAAUCAGAUAUAUUUCAUAACCGAUGAAGAAGAUGAAGAAUUUAAGCUGAAAACAGAUGGCCACCUGAUAAUCUCUGGAUGUUCUAAUUCUCAUGACAGGAAGGCUCUUUGUUGUAAGAUGGCGAUGGAGCUGGAUUUCUUCUUAUCGCAAAACAAAAAAUGGUUUUGCCAUUUUGAUGAUGAUAAUUACGUGAACGUAUGGAAUCUCUUGGACAUGUUGCGUGGAUAUGAUUACGCCGGACAGUGGUAUCUCGGUAAAAUCAGCACCAACGCUGCAGUAGAACUUCAGCUUUCCGAUGAAGACCAAAAUGCAGUCUUUCAGUUCGCUACAGGUGGCGCUGGUUUUUGUUUAAGCUAUUGUUUAGUCGAAAAAAUGAAGCCUCUGAUCUCUGGGGGAAAGUUUAUGAGUAUCGCAAAAAAAACUCGGGCGCCUGACGAUGUUACCGUAGGCUACAUUGUCGGGCACCUUUUGAAAGUUCCACUUACAGUUAUCGAGCGCUUUCAUUCACACCUGGAACCUCUGCACCUCAUGGACUUGGAAACUUUGAAAACCCAGAUCAGUUUCGGCUACUCAACGAAUCCCGGAAAUCAGAUGAACAGGGUAUCGGUUUCCGGUUGGGAUACCGAAUCAGAUCCGACGCGAUUCCUUUCUCUCGAUUGUGUCCUUCGUCCUGAUGAUGAAAAGAGAGACUGUCCUACUGUACCUGUUUCUGUUUAGAUCCCGCCUUAUAAUGGUAUGAUAGAGUGAUAAUAUUACUUCGGUAUCUGCUUAACUAACAAAUCUGUGAUGCGUUGGAGAUUUUUUCCACAAAGAUUUCUGUAUGUUUUGAAUGCCUUAAUUUGUGACUUCUUGCACAAAAUCAGUUGACAAUUGUAUGUUUGGCAUUCCUCACUUAUGGGAGAAAAUAAAAAUA